UGGGAAAUUUUUACCGCGCUUCGUGACGCCCGGGACCGAACUCGCAAGCCCGAGGUUGAGUGGGCUCGCAGGGACCGCGCAUGGACGCUGCGGGAAAGAGCCGUUCCAGACUUGAGCCCCUUCCCUGGGCCUGCGAGCCGAGGGGUGCGGAGAGCUGGCCGCCCUGAGCCAGCAGACGCUUUCCAAGGAAACCGGGGUGCAGAGAGAGGGAGGGGCUGGUGUCUGCGGCGAAGGGACGGAAACGGAUAGCGGCUGUGUCUUCUGACUCCCUAAUUACUGCCAGCUGAUAGCAGGCUGACCUGGUAAAGUGACCUGUCCUAAUUAGCUUCGGAGUGUGAUCAGCUAUCUGCAUGAAUGUCAUACCCAGGCUAUCCCCCCACUGGCUACCCACCCUUCCCUGGAUAUCCUCCUGCAGGCCAGGAGUCUUCCUUCUCCUCACCGGGUCAGUAUCCUUACCCUAGUGGCUUUCCCCCAGUGGCAGGAGGUGCCUACCCACCAGUGCCAAGUGGCACUUACCCAGGUCCUGGAGGCUACCCUUCCCCUGGAGGUUAUCCAGCCCCUGGAGGCUAUCCUGGUGCCCCGCAGCCAGGGGGGGUUCCAUCCUAUCCCGGAGUUCCUCCAGGCCAAGGAUUUGGAGCCCCACCUGGUGGAGCAGGCUUUUCUGGGUAUCCACAGCCACCUUCCCAGUCUUAUGGUGGUGGACCAGCUCAAGUCCCAGUACCUGGUGGCUUUCCUGGAGGACAGAUUCCUUCUCAGUAUCCCGGAGGACAACCUCAGUACCCUAGCCAGAUCAAUACAGAAUCCUUUUCUUCCUAUCCUGCUUUCUCUCCUGUUUCUUUGGAUUGUAGCAGUGAACCUGCUGCGAUGACUCAGGGCACUCAAGGGACAAUCCGACCAGCUGCCAACUUUGAUGCCAUGAGAGAUGCUGAAAUUCUCCGUAAAGCAAUGAAGGGCUUUGGGACAGACGAGCAGGCCAUUGUGGAUGUUGUGGCCAGCCGUUCCAAUGAUCAGAGGCAAAAGAUUAAAUCAGCUUUUAAGACCAUGUAUGGCAAGGAUUUAAUUAAAGAUCUCAAAUCAGAGUUGAGUGGAAACAUGGAAGAACUGAUCCUUGCCUUGUUCAUGCCACCAACAUAUUAUGAUGCGUGGAGUUUACGGCAUGCAAUGCAGGGAGUUGGAACUCAGGAACGUGUAUUGAUUGAGAUACUGUGCACAAGAACAAAUCAAGAGAUUCGAGAAAUUGUCAGGUGUUAUGAAUCAGAAUUUGGACGAGAUCUUGAAAAGGACAUUAGGUCUGAUACCUCAGGGCAUUUUGAACGUCUGCUUGUAUCCAUGUGCCAGGGAAAUCGUGAUGAAAACCAGAGUGUCAACCACCAGAUGGCCCAGGACGACGCACAGCGUCUGUAUCAAGCUGGUGAAGGGAGACUAGGCACAGAUGAGUCUUGCUUUAACAUGAUCCUUGCCACAAGGAGCUUCCCUCAACUGAAAGCUACCAUGGAGGCUUAUUCCAGGAUGGCUAAUCGAGAUUUGUUAAGCAGUGUCUGCCGUGAGUUUUCUGGAUCGGUUGAAAGUGGCUUGAAGACCAUCUUGCAGUGUGCCCAGAACCGCCCUGCCUUCUUUGCUGAGAGACUCUACUAUUCCAUGAAAGGCGCCGGCACCGAUGACUCCACCCUGGUCAGGAUUGUGGUCACUCGAAGUGAGAUCGACCUUGUACAAAUAAAACAAGUGUUCACGCAGAUGUAUCAGAAGACCCUGGCGACAAUGAUUGCAAGUGACACAAGCGGAGAUUACAGAAAACUGCUUCUGGCCAUUGUGGGUCAGUGAGGAUUUUUUUUUCCCCCCUAAAUGAGUGAAGCUAUUCCUAGCUUAUCCUUCAAAGCAGAGAGACCUGCAUGCAGCAGUAUAACCUAACCAACACAGCUUUUACCAAGGACUCUGUCAGGAUAAUGUGCUUAGUUUGCACAUGUUGUUAUUGCCUUAAUUCUAACAUUAUUUUUUUUCUUCUAUGUCCAAUCAGUGCAAAAGCCAUAUCAAUGAUGUAGUGAUUUUGCAAUGUUCAAAGAGCUUUAUUCUCACUGCUCUUGUUUCAAUUAGAAUUUCAAGUUGAAUAAAAAUGAUAGUAAUCUCUAA